AUAUAAAUAAACCAAAUUGUAAUAUAUGAAAGUGUUAUUCACUUUCCUAUAACAUUCCCAGUGAGCCAGGUGGCAGAUCGGAGGGAUGCUGCGCCCCUUCUCACAUGUUCGAAGUGGUUUCAGAGUGAGGUUAAAACAGAGGAAGCUACUGAAACACAGGAAGUGCAAGAGUAAAGAGGAAACCCAGAGUUGUCAUUAAUUUGAGGACAGUUACAAAGACAUGAAACCAGCGUUGAGAUCAGAAAAGGAAAAGGGACGAAGACGUAUGAGUAGCAUGGAACAAGUUUUCCUCAUUCUGAUUUUUGCAGGAGGAUUCUGGAAAACUGAAGCUAUAACUGUAAAAGGAGAGCUGGGUGGAGACAUCACAAUUACAUGCUCUCACUCUAAUGCACAUGACAACAUCAAAUAUUUCUGCAAGGCGCCUUGUAGGGAUGAAGACAUCCUAAUAAAGAGCAGCGAAAAAAGUAAAGGCAGAUACAGUAUCACAGAUAAAGGAAACACAUUCUACGUGACAAUCUCUCGUCUGACAGAGGACGACACAGGAACCUACCAGUGUGGAAUAGAAAGAGUUUUUGCUUGGGACACGUACCAAGAAGUUGUCCUCAAAGUCCUAAAGGGAAAAACAAAGGAGCCUGAUGAUGACUUCUCACAAUCAACUAGAGGUGAAGCAAUUACUACAACUGCAACACGUCCUACAUCUACUACAACUGCAACACGUCCUGCAUCUACUACAACAUGUCCUGCAUCUACUACAAAUGUAGCACGUUCUAAUAAGUCAGAGUCUGGAGGGAAGCUGGUAUACAUCAGAGCAGGCCUCGGGGGGGCUGUGCUGGCUCUGGCGGUGGUGCUGCUGAUCUUCUACAAACAUCAAAAGAAAGAAAUCAGCACCACCUCUGAAAAAAAACAAGACCCUGAAGAUGACUUUUCACAAUCGAGGUUCAGGAAACGCAGAGACGACGUUAGUGCAGAUGAAGGAGAGAUCGACAGUGAGAACGAUGACAUUGCAAAAGAAGUGCGAUCGAUGAUACGAUUAUCUGAGAAGAACUCUGGUGCUCACCGCCCAAAACAGGAUCGUUCAACUUCUGUGUACACAGAGGUCGAAUACAGCCACCUCAUAUCAGUGAAACCAUCUGCUGCUCCAGAGGUACUACAGAAUCAAGACAUUCAGCUGCAAAUGUCCUCAGCACCACUUCAGAGAUCUGCAGCAUAUGUAUACCACCCAUGAUAUCAAAAAGAGAAGGCAAUGGCCGUCUCAGAAAACACACAGAUGCCCAUGCAGCACUGAGGAAUGCUCUGAUCAAAGCCACAGACAGCUUUUGGAGCACUGUGUCAGUUGUUUACUACACAACCUGCAGUGGUUCCACUGAAUCUAAGCCCUGCUCUCUUUGGUUUGGCUUGGAUUUGUCUGAAUAGCCUGAGUUCAUCCCAGAGUUGUGAGUCUUUUGUGUUGUUAUGGAGUUUUUAUGAGGCUGAACUGCACGACUCACUCUGCUUCUACACAUGUACAACUACAUGUUCUGUGUGUUGUGUUGAUGAUAUGAAACUCACUUCUUUUGCUCAUUGCUUAUUUUGUAUUGUUUUUUAAAUUUUUUGUAGAAUGCUCUGUGCAUGAAAUAAAUGUAAUGAAUUUAUAAAUUACAUAAAAUACAAUAAAAUUUAAUUG